CACCAAGCCAAGCUACGACGACCUUCAAGGUCAACCUCAGAUGUGAACAGCUCCAUCUUCCUUAAUAUCUCAAUAACAACUUGGGUUACUUGGCCAAUAACACGAUGCCUGUCCAGCAACAUGUGCUGAACUGGCUCUACAGCGUUCUCACAAGCGAAUAUCACGAUGUAAACCGUGCCUACAACGAUGUCGCGCAGGCUCUCGACCGAUUCCCCUCGUUGUCGCCGCGAACCGAUGUGCACAGUACGUUCGCAUAGAGCUAUCAACCAGCUUGCGCUCUAAACUCCAGCUUUGUCGCAUUCGGAUAUUGACCCUCACCAGCGUUCUCGAAUGGCGCCAAUGCCUUGUUACUUCAUCUCUCGGGGACUCUCCCUGUUAAUUUUCGCGGGACGACGUACCGCUUCCCCAUUUCGAUAUGGGUGCCACACGCUUAUCCGCGAGAACCACCCAUGAUAUACGUUGUGCCGACCGAGACCAUGAUGAUUCGGCCGGGACAGCAUAUAGAUCCGCAGGGUCUGGUAUAUCAUCCAUACUUGGUGGGGUGGGCUGAAUUCUGGGACAAAUCCAACCUUCGGGACUUCCUCAACAUCCUAACCGAUAUCUUCGCAAAAGAACCUCCAGUCGUAGCUCGGCAACAACAGUCCCGGCCACCUCCAGCUCAAGCUAAUCCGACACCUCCUCCUGUGCCGCCUCUGCCUCCUGGCAUGGGAUCAACUUCGCGGCCUGCAACACAAGAUCCGCAUCCCUCAGAACAGCCGCGCCCUCCUCCACCACCGCCGAAGGGCCCUCAGACUGCAUCACCUGCGCAGACACAAUCUCAAAAUGGACCGCCUUUACCUCCAAUCCCGGGACGUUCCCCGGCGCAGUCUAACCGCAUGUCACGGUACGACUCAGCUCCUCCUCUGCCUCCUCAAGUUGGAAGUCCAAAUGCACAGGAUCCGAGAUUGCCUCGCCCUCAGGAGCAGUAUGCGACUCGUCAUAUACCGCCUGCUGGACCGCCAAUGGCUGCGCAACCUGGAUACACGAACGAUACCCAGUCGUUUGCGCCUCCGUCACAACAACAAUGGCAAAUGCCACCACAUCAUCAGCAAUAUCAACAGCCUCCGCAACCUCCGGCAUGGACGGCUCAGGCAGCUCCACCACCACAAAGCCCUGCAAAACCACCACCACCUCCUGAUCUACUUGAUGAACCAUUAGAGUUAAGUUUGCCAAAUACUACCGUAGCGGCUCCUCCUAUCCCGCCCAAUCCCGAAAAGGAUGCGUUGUUGCGACAGCUAGCUCAGACACUGUAUUCGAUCAGGAUGCGCAGCCGGCAGCAGAACGACUCGAGCAUGGCUGGUUUGCAGGCACAAAGAACAGCAAUGUUGUCAGCGAUACCAGCCUUCCAAGCUGAAGGUGGCCAAUUGACACAGUUGUCGAAUGUCUUGACCUCAAACUCUAAUAUUCUACACGAUGCUCUUCAUAAAGCGGAUGCAGUGAUCGAAGGAUCCAAGAGCCACCCCGUUCCGGAUGUUGAUGAGCUCCUCGUAGCUCCUACAGUAGUCGCAAACCAGCUAUACACACUAGUGGCAGAGGAGAGAGCUAUAGGUGACGCCAUAUUCAUGCUUGGACGGGCUGUCGAGCGCGGCCGCAUUACACCAGCAGUGUUUGCCAAGAUGACGAGAACUCUUGCUAGAGAAUGGUAUCUGAAAAAAGCACUUGUGCGAAAGAUUGGGCAAGGAAUGGGUUUGGCCUCAUGACGGGAUACCAUACGAGAUUUGGAUUGACGCAGCUCCCUUACCAAGCGGGGGUUUAGUAUUGUUCUUACAGCUGGCAGCCGGGAAGAGCUCCAGGAUUGGCAUCGUGCAUGGAGUAGCAAUACGUGGCCAGGCACUGGGUGAAAUACGACAAGUAAGAGGCGGAUUACAACAUACUUUUGAAACGAAGCCAAACAACCAGGACGACCGGCUAGCUGGAUGCCCGUGAAGUCUAACUUGCGAUCUCAAGCCAUCGAUACGGUUGAGAAAGACUGGGCAGAUUAAAAGUCCAAUGAUCGAGACCAAAGCGGAUAACUAACCCCUUGAUAUCAAACUGGACCCCAUAUCAAAUUCACUCCCCCCUCAUUCCAUCCAUGGCGGCAAUUGGCGUGCACGGAGUCAGGAACACGGGGGGGGGGGAAAGAAACGAAUCCGUCGCUUGGACCGUUAGCUCUCGACCUGUCAAGAUAUGCACGGAUCGAUCUCCUGCACCGAACGAGUCUAGCGGGCUCAGAGAACAAUACUAAGCCUCAAAACGCCACGAAAUGCAAGAACAAUACUAAGACCAACCUCACCCCCACCGACCUUGGCAUUCUUCGUUGAUUGUGAUAACACCCUUUGAAUACAAAUCCUGUUCCUUGACUUUUGCAGUGCCUAGAGUGCUCACAGUCUUCUUGCCGCUGACAAUAUCUAAUUAUUGCUUGCUAGCUUAACUGUUUGUUCUUCAAGACCGUUCUCGC